AUGCCGACAGACAGUGACCUGUCCCAGAUCGAGGCUGCCCUGCGGGAGUCUGGUGCAGACACCACGGGCUUCUCGUACGUCCGCACGCUGCGGAAGAACAACUUGGCAGGCGGCAUGAAAUCGGCCUCCAACUUUGGUGCCCUGUCGCAGCUGGCGGGCUCUUCUCAGAGCAACCUCCUCUCCUGGGCUGAAAAGACCUUUGGCCAGGGUCUGAGCACGGUCACCAAGGGUGUGAAGAACCUCCUGUCGGGAGCCAGGCGCAGCCCUGUGGUCGCGGCCCUGGACUCGCUGAUGGCGGGCAAGAGUGAGUCGGGGGGCCCGCUGGACGACUUUGCAACAUUUGAUCCCAGGGGCCCACCGGGGGGUGCGAGCGACCGCAGCAUGGGGCCCUACAGGGAGGCGGUGGUGUGCAUGAUUGGUGGAGGCACUUAUUUGGAGCACGAGGCGCUGCAGGCGUGGGCAGCCAGCUGCGCCAGCCCCAGGCAGGUGGUGUACGGCGCCACGGAGAUCCUUUCUGCGGAGGCCUUUCUCCAGCAGCUAGCGGACCUGGGUCGGCAGACCAGCUUGCCAUGA